AUGGUAAUUGAAUUGGACUGUCCGCGCCCCACAGACAACUCAGAUUUGGCUGAGGCGAUGCUGUGUGACUACUGCGGAGGUGACGAGCGCUCAAACCCUAAACGACCUGGUGGCGCAAGUCCUGAAGGCCUCCUCUGUUGCUCCGACUGUACGCGCUGUGCACAUUUCUCUUGCGCCCAGUUCACUCCCAAUAUGAUUACCUCUGUGCGAGGCUAUCGGUGGCAGUGUUUGGAGUGCAAGACCUGCUGGCUUUGUGGCACGUCGGAGAAUGACGUAAGUAACUUUGUACGGUAUUGGUAUGUAGUAGUAUCGUAUUUUCUAUGCGGAUUGCGGGAGGGUCAGAUGCUUCUUUGA